CUGAGGGAAUGCGGGCGGCCAACAUGGCGGCGGCCGCGGGCCGGGCCGCGCGUCCCGUGCUGCAGGGCAGCAGCCAGCUGAGGCUCCCGCUGCGAUGGAGGGCUCAGGCCGCCGCCGCCGCCGUGACAGCCAGCACCCAGCCCCGCACGCAGCCGCAGAAGCCCAAGACGGGAAUCCUGAUGCUGAACAUGGGCGGUCCGGAGCGCCUGGAUGAUGUCCAUGACUUCCUGCUUCGCCUCUUCCUGGACACAGACCUCAUGACGCUGCCGGCCCAGAGCAAGCUGGCGCCCUUCAUCGCCAAGCGCCGCACGCCCAAGGUGCAGGAGCAGUACAGCAGGAUUGGAGGCGGGUCCCCCAUCAAGAAGUGGACGGCCCUGCAAGGGGAAGGCAUGGUGAAGCUGCUGGACAGCAUGUCUCCUCGCACCGCGCCUCACAAGUACUACAUCGGCUUCCGCUACGUGCACCCGCUGACGGAAGAGGCCAUUGAAGCCAUGGAGCGGGACGGCAUCGAGAGGGCUGUCGCUUUCACCCAGUACCCCCAGUACAGCUGCUCCACCACAGGCAGCAGCUUAAACGCCAUCUACCGCUACUACAGCCAGAAAGGGGCGAAGCCGAAGAUGAAGUGGAGCAUCAUUGACCGGUGGCCCACACAUCCCCUCCUUAUCCAGUGCUUCACCGACCACAUCCAGAAGGAGCUCGACCUCUUCCCGCCCGACAAGAGGAAAGACGUCGUCAUCCUCUUCUCUGCUCACUCCCUCCCCAUGUCUGUGGUGAACCGCGGGGACCCGUACCCGCAGGAGGUGGGAGCCACGGUGCAGAGGGUCAUGGAGAAGCUCAACUACUCCAACCCCUACAGGCUGGUGUGGCAGUCCAAGGUUGGACCAAUGCCUUGGCUUGGCCCCCAGACGGACGAGACCAUCAAAGGCCUGUGCCAACGAGGGCAGAAGAACAUGCUGUUGGUCCCUAUAGCCUUCACCAGCGACCACAUCGAGACGCUCUACGAGCUGGACAUCGAGUACGCCCAAGUCCUGGCCAACGAGUGUGGAGUCGAAAACAUCCGAAGAGCGGAGUCCCUGAAUGGAAACCCUCUGUUCUCCAAGGCGCUGGCCGAGCUCGUGUGCUCCCACCUGGCGUCCGAGGAGGUGUGCUCCAGGCAGCUGCCCCUCUGCUGCCCUCUCUGCGUGAACCCCGUGUGCAGGCAGGCCAAAGCCUUCUUCACCGGCCAGGCGCCCUGA